GAAAAAUAAAGAAAAUUAACCUGAGGAUUUCAUCUUUUUUGAUUCCGUUUAUUACCAACUUUGUCUUCUUCUCAUCAUCUCCAUCAUUGGAUGUUUCACCUACUCCACUCUCCUGUCACAAAACACAGACCAUAGUUCUUAUCGAACACUCAAAACUCAAAACUCAAUCCCAUUUCUCAUUUCUCAGAAUUCAGGCAGGCCAUGUCCACCUUGUUCUUAAUCUUGUUCGUCUUCUCUCACUCCCUCUGUGUUCUGCAAACCCAAGGCCUUAAUUCAGCUGAUGAAGUCAACGACUCUCUAACGUACCUAUGGCCUCUGCCUUCCGAGUUCACCUUCGGCAACAAGACCCUUUCUGUCCACCCACAGCUCUCGCUCGUUGUGGGCGGGAACGGAGGCAACUCUAGCAUUCUCAGACUUGGGUUUGAUCGCUACAAAGCUAUUAUAUUCAAGAACAGUCAUGGGGUUUCUUCCUUUGAUAGAAUAAGGGGGAGGAGACUGUCCUAUGAUGUUACUAAACUGAAAGUUGUGGUUCAUUCAGAUAGCGAAGAUCUUCAACUUGGUGUGGAUGAGAGCUAUACUUUGUUUGUGCUGAAGAAGGAUGGCCAAUCGAUUGUUGGGGAGGCCACCAUUGAGGCAAACACAGUAUAUGGUGCUCUGCGGGCGUUAGAGACAUUCAGCCAAUUGUGUACUUUUGAUUACGGGAGUAAAUCUGUACAAGUAUACAGGGCACCCUGGUACAUACGGGACAGUCCAAGGUUUGCAUACAGAGGGCUUUUGCUUGAUACAUCAAGGCACUAUUUACCAGUUGACGUGAUUAAACAAGUAAUUGAAUCGAUGUCAUAUGCUAAACUUAAUGUUCUUCAUUGGCACGUCAUAGAUAGAGAGUCAUUUCCUCUAGAAGUACCUUCAUACCCAAAGUUGUGGAAAGGUUCAUAUACAAAGUGGGAGCGCUACACAGUUGAGGAUGCAAUUGAAAUUGUGAGCUUUGCCAAAACAAGAGGCAUCAGUGUUAUGGCAGAAGUAGAUGUCCCUGGUCAUGCAGAAUCAUGGGGCGCUGGAUAUCCUAAUCUUUGGCCUUCCACUUCCUGCAAAGAGCCACUUGAUGUAUCAAAGAGUUCAACUUUCGAUGUGGUUUCUGGAAUUCUGACAGAUAUGAGAAAGAUUUUUCCCUUUGAGCUAUUCCACUUGGGCGGUGAUGAAGUUAAUACAACUUGUUGGAGCUCCACUCGACACGUGAAGCAAUGGCUUGAGCAACACAACAUGACUACUAAAGACGCGUAUCAGUAUUUUGUUCUCAAAGCACAAGAAAUAGCAAUUUCAAAAAAUUGGACCCCGGUAAACUGGGAAGAAACCUUCAACACCUUCCCAACAAAGCUCAAUCCAAAGACUGUAGUGCAUAACUGGUUGGGCCCAGGGGUUUGUCCGAAGGCUGUUGCCAAAGGUUUCAGAUGUAUUUUCAGCAAUCAAGGUGUUUGGUAUCUUGACCAUCUAGAUGUCCCUUGGGAAGAUACUUAUAAUGCUGAACCACUUGAAGGAAUUAAUGAUGUUUCUCAGCAAAAGCUUGUUCUUGGAGGAGAAGUAUGCAUGUGGGGUGAGACAGCUGAUACAUCAGAUGUUCAGCAAACUAUUUGGCCUCGAGCUGCUGCUGCUGCAGAGCGUUUGUGGAGCAGGAGGGAGGCAACAUCUGCGCGAAAUGGUAAUUUGACUGCACUGCCUCGGCUACAAUACUUCAGAUGCCUCUUGAAUAGACGUGGAGUUCAAGCUGCUCCAGUGACCAACUUGAUUGCUCGAAGUCCUCCAAUUUGGUCCGGGUCAUGCUAUGACCAAUAAUACUUCGAUUAUCAUAUUAGGUGAUUUCAUUAGUCUUAAACUUCCCUUCCAAUGCUCUACAGAUAAAUGCAAGCGUUCUAGAGAUUUAGCAUUUCUGUUGUUCAAACAUGCAUGCCUAUUUAUGAUAGCUAUUAUUGUCAGAAUUUAAGGUUUAGAAUCUUGGGCUUCUUGAUGUUGAGAUCAUUGGCUGGGAAAUAUUAUGGAUCAGAGUAUGUUCAUUGUAUUUGGAAAAA